AUGACUUCUACACCAGUUCAAAAGUCGGUCCCACUCACAUGUUCAGGCCACACCCGACCAGUAGUCCAUCUCGAAUUCUCCGACUUGCAGGAUGACGGCACAUACUCCCUCCUCUCCUCCUGCAAAGAUGGCAAUCCCAUGCUUCGGGAUUGGCUCGGAGACUGGGUUGGAACCUUCCUUGGACACAAAGGUGCUGUUUGGUGUGGCAAGUUAUCUGGUGGUGAUGCAUCCAUCGCUGUUACUGGAUCUGCUGAUUUUAGUGCGAAAGUGUGGGACACCUUCGCGGGCGACUGUUUGCACACUUUUCCGCACAACCAUAUUGUGCGAACAGUGGCUAUCAAUGGGGAAGGGAAGAGAGUUGUUACAGCUGGACAUGAGAAGAAGUUGCGAUUGUUUGAUUUGAAUCGUCCGGAUGCGGAGGCGCAACUUUUUAGUAUCGGCGAAGGGGGGUUGGCGCAUGAAGGUGUGAUUAAAUCUUCUGUUUGGCAUAGAGGUCCCGCAGGAGAGAGUACAGUGGUUAGUGCAGGGGAGGAUAAGGUGAUUAGAUGGUGGGACACUCGAACACUCUCCAAGACUCACGAAAUGUCUUUUUCGGAUCCUAUUACUUCUAUGGAACGCUCAUCCGGCAUCUUGGGCGAACUCCUCACCGUAACCAGCGGUAAGGAAGUUUACUUCAUCGACGCACUAACCCGCGAAAUGAGGAAAAAACACACACUCCAAGUCCCAGUCUCAUCAGCAUCACUCCACCCAACUCUCGCAGAUAGAUUUGUAGCAGGGAGCAGCGGAGACGGUUGGGUCAGAAUAUUCGAUUUCGAAUCAGGGAAGGAAAGAGAGUUGCACAAGGGUCAUCAUGGUCCUGCUCACGCAGUCAGUUAUUCUCCGGACGGUGAAUUGGCAGCUAGUGGAAGUGAAGACGGGACUAUUAGACUUUGGCAGACUUGGCCUAGUAAGAAGUAUGGAUUGUGGACGUGA